AUGAAGCUCACCCUUACGACCGCGUCUCUCCUCGCCGUCUGCCUGGUGGUCGCAGACGAUAUUCCGACAAAGACAGACUACAAGCCGCCUUCAAAACAAUGUCCGACUACCUUGACCGUCACGGCGCCAGUGGACUGCAGCGGCUGCACCACGAUGAUUUACAAGACUACGGCGACGGAUAGUGUGGAUUGCCAUGGGUGCAAGAAGUUGAUGACGAGCACGACGUGGUUGCCUUGGGGUGGGCUGUGCCCGGCUUGUGUUGGAGGUGUGCAGACCGAGUAUAAUAAUACGGGGACGUCGACGGUGACUUCUUGUUCGCCUACGCCUUUUGCGCCUGGGGGUUUGGCUUCGAAGAACUAA